UGAACCGGCAAUUAAAUGUCAACGGCAUGUAAAUAACAAUAAAAACACAGCUGAUUGUGUAGCUUCUCGAUAACGCUAGAUUCUAUUAAUCGUAUUACAAAGCUAUUGGUUAUAUAUAUUGCCUCGGUGAAAUCAUGAUUAAACGGCCGUCCAGUAAAGACAGUGAAAAUGACAUCCUACAGAUGCAGCAGGAGUUUUUAGCGGAGUCGAAUCGUAAUGCUAGUUUUCAACCAGCAGCUAAAGUGGUUCGCUUGCAACGUGAUGUCGAGGAGAACAAUCCGGUUACAGAAGAACAAGCCCAACGUAAAUCCGAAUUCGCCCGUCGACGUAAUCUCAAGAAAACAGGACAAACAAAUUCUAAAGAAACGAUUCCGCAAAAUACGAUAAUCGGUGAAAUUGUAGAAAAACAAUAUGAUCAUUCCACUCUGACAAAGAAUGUGGUUGAAGCCGAAGUAGAAGGGGCAUUUCCGAAGCCGGUUCCUUUGAAGAUACAUGCCGGAGUUCCUGCAAGAAACAAAAGUUUAUUUGCCCAGAUGUUCAACCGAAAGGAAGAGCCACUAGCGAGCGUUAAGAAGGUUAAAUCUCAACUACAGGAUUCUAAGAGUGCUAUUCUGGAGGGAGCCGAUGCAACUGAUAUUCAUGAGGAAAACCUCCAAAAAAUGCAACAAAUGAGUGAAGAGGAAAUUCUGAAAGAAAAGCAGCAUCUUCAUGAAACUAUGGAUCCAAAGUUGGUGGAGUUUCUAAAAGCUAGGAAAAAAGGCAACACAAGCUUGACACAAACCAUCCAACCAGAACCAAUUUCCGAAGUUGAAGAAUUAGACGUGGAAGUGCCUAAUUUGGAUGUGUUCCAGCAUGAGGGGUCUGAUCAAUGGAUCAAUUUUAACAUUUUGGAGUCGGAAAAAUUAGAAUGGACCAAAAAUAUUCGUAUAAGUCUACGAGACUGUAAACCCGGCGAGUCCUAUGAAUCUCGGUUUGAUUGGAAAGGUAUUCUACAACCAUUUGUAGAUAAAAGGCAUGAUGAAGGGCAAGACGAUCGAGAGUUGUAUCUCCAUGGGGAAGACGCUGAUCGUCCGGGCUACACUCUCCAGGAGCUGUUUCGUUUGGCUAGGGCAAACGUGUUGCAGCAAAGAGUUGCUGCUCUGAACGCAAUUGGUGGAAUUUUAAACAUUUUUAAUCAAGGAUUCUAUGACGGAGUUUUAGAGCUUCCAAUUUCAAAGAUUUUCUUUUUCAUACGCUUCGCCCUCGAUGAAAAUACUCCCGUCGUCGUAGAAGCAGCAUCACGCGCUUUGGCUUUCUUGUUCUAUAAUGACACAGACGAAACUCUGUUGGAUACAAUUUAUGACACGAAGAAGGGGAUUUACCAGCCGGAACUGGGUUUAAACGUAACGCAUAGUCGCCAAGAGGAAGAGGAGGAACGUCGUCAAUGCGCGUUAGAGCGUGGAUUCGAUUCGAUGAAAUUGAGCGACCAAAAAUCUAAACAAUCAACCCGUAAAGCUCAGUUCCAAGCUCAACUGGAUGACGACCCGGACGAUUUGACCAACCGUGAAUCGAUGAACGAUUAUCAUUUGGCAGAAACCGAUUUGUUGGAAUGUUUACUGCGAACAAACAUUCUCGAGCGAAUUAGAUACAUUCUGUUCACCAUGCGUCCGGAGGGUAAUAUCAGCAUUAGCUGUGCAAAACUGUUGAUUAGAUUAGCUCGAACAAAUCGUUCGAUAGCUGAGAAGAUUGCUACUAACGAGCAGUUAAUUCAGGGCUUGAUUGGAAGUUAUUUGGGAAAUUCAGUCGAUGGAUCCGAACCGAGCAAGCACGAACCGCAGCAUUUAGUGAUCAAACUGCUACGUGUAAUAUGUUCAUACGAUAGUGGCUUCUACGGGAGGUAUUUCAGUCGACUACAUGUGACUAGCUUGUUGAAGCGAUAUGUUUUCACCAGAAGUGAUAUCAAUGUGAAGCUCGUGCAGGUUCAAACUGAGACGUUUCGAUUUUUGCGACUUAUUCUCAAGUACGUUAGAGAUGAUGAACUUUUUCGGGAAAUUUUACCGGCUUUGUUCUACCUGCUUGAGUGGCACUUCCAGCACCUGACCAUGGAGGAAAGCGGGCCGUACAUCAUCCGUCAGCAUGCUGCAGCCUUGUUAGCGCUAAUUGGCUAUGAUCAUUUGCAAGCGGCAGCAGAAUUGACGCCGCAGAACUGUGACCGAUUGUUUGCCUGUUUCAGCAAGUGGUUUAAUGCGGCCAUCAAGCACGGUGCGGCUGAGUUUUCCCAGAAGCUCUUGUUGGCUGCUUGUCUCGAGACUGCGAGCAAGGUACGACCGUUGGCCGGAAGCUACUAUCAUAACUUUACCGAUGGAUAUUUGAUGCCAUUUCUCAGGAGUGCCAAGUUUGAUAACCUGACGAAGGAGCUGAGCAAUACGGACCUAUCGAACCUUGAUCCGACCACUGAACGAAGCGAACGGAUACCACCCCUUCCGAAUCUGGGAGGAAUUCUUACAAGCGAUAAAACCCCACCCACGCUUGUGCUGACAAGGUGUUACCCGGUGUUUUUCCUCUACGCGCUGCUCGAUUUUCUGCGAGAGCACGCCGCACACCACGAUCCACGUCCACUGGAACGUUUUGUGCACAGUUCCAGUCACUUUCGCUAUCUGAGCGCCCUUGCCGAUACGGUUUCAGUGCAAAGCCACAGAAAUACCAAUGACAAAUGCACGACGACAAAUUGGUUUCUGAAAACGGAGCUGUUUUACCUGCUUGAGCUACUAGCCCUAUUGGCGGAAAGUCACCAACGUCACUGCGGAAAACCAAUUUCACCCUCGGUCCGUAGCGAAGAAGAUAUGGAAGAUACGGAAGUGCUAUGCGAUGUGGGGUGCUGCAACCCUCAGUUGCAGCUGGCAGUAGCCUUUAAGGUUUUGCUACACCUUAGUGAAGAAUACUAUCCGCUGAUUAUAAAACUGUUCGAUGAGAUAGUUUUUUCCCGGGAGUUCUACUCUGCCGGUAAUGUGGCUCCAGAGGAAAUGCAACGGUGGAAGUUCACCUACAAAGUUAAGCUCAAUUCACUGCUAACGAGUCGGGUGAAUCCGAUUGGUUCGGGAAGUUGUUUCAACGUUUCGGGGUGGCGCAAGCCACUGCUAUCGCAAACAUGGCCGUACUCGUUGCUGUACCUGUUGCUAGAAAAACUCGAACAAGGCGCCUCCCAGCUGAAAUUUUUCUCCGAGGAGCAAAUCAUCCAAACGUCGCUAUCGUUUUCCGACCUGGUGGAAAACAACUUAAUCCGGCUAGUGUCGGCCACCGAGAAGCUAAUGUAUUUGAUGACAGCUUUUCUUGGACCCGGUUCGAAAUUUCUUGAUGCACAACUUUCAUCGCUUAUCACGCUUCGCAUUGAUGCACUGCGGGAGGAGAUGCUCCGAACUGGAAUGCGGUUCGACUUCGAAACCAGACUUGAGGGGAAGAAAAGUUAUCACGGACUGUAUCAGUUGAUGUUGGAUAUUUUCCAGAGUUCUAGCUAUGGCCAUGCCCCCUUCAGUGCCUUGGUCAUGGCACCGUUGGCACAAAUUUAUGAUAUCCAGUGGCGUAAUGUCGUAUGGUCAGAGCACGUGGCUGUGCUUAGGUUCAUUACUUGUACCGAGCAACAGCUCUUUGGGUCAAUAGACGACUAUCGGCAACCCGCGGAGACAGACGUUACAUUGCUCAGGUAUUACAACCAAGCUUUGAACUCCAAUCUGUUACGUCCGGGGUCACUCCCGGCUCAGCUAGCUGCAUAUCAUGUGGAGACUUAUCGUGCCGGUAAAGCAGCUGCAGCAGGAACGGUAAAGUGUCAUGAGAGUAAUGAUAAAUAAAGGAAAAGGGUUUUUUGCCCACGUGGACUAUUGACGGGUUUGGCUUUUGCUGGGUUUUAGAAGGAAAUAAUUUAUAUUCUUGGUUUUAGUUUCUAUUUUCAGUUUACUAAUAUUUUUAAAAUUUUUUAUGGUGAUAAAGUUCAAAGACAAUCAGUUCUAAUUAAUCGUACAAAUAUCAACAAUAUGAGUUUAAUUUUAUUCUUUAUGCCGUUUAGUAUAAUCUAUUGAUUAUUUUGAAAUUUUAUACUAAUGACAUUUUUAUUACAUUCGGCGCAACAUUUGUUCUUAAUAAAUUUGUAACUUUUUUUGUUCACGUCUUAGGAUGAAUUUUUUUUUCUGUAGUAGCGCUUAUUUAAGCCACAAUAUAUUUUCUCCAGUUUCGAGUCCUGAUAAAUAGUUCAAUUUCUUCCAUGUUGACUCCCUUUGUAAUUACGAGAUUUAGUCAAUCGAUUAGAACCACGUUUUUCUAUGGAUGAAUCUAAUUGGAAAGCAAAAACUAUCUGCUUUUAAAGAAUUCUUUAUUCUAGAUUCCGUUCUAGGCUGCAAACUGUAGAACAAAACUAAUAAUUUUCAAUAAAAUAACUAUGGCGAUUAAUUUUAUUUUCCUAAUUUUUUUUUCCUAUUUUAAGUGUGCAUUCACCAACCAAAGCAAGGUUACUUAUUCCAGAAAAAUCUGGGGUGUCACUUAAACCCUACCCGUUAACACCCAUUUUUUUAUAAUAAAAAACUCAUUAAGAUCUCGAUGGUUAGAAGACAAAAUUAUAGAUUGAGUCUAAAGAAAACGUUUGAAUUUGGCACAUAAUUUACAACAAA